AUACAGAGAGAGAUACAGCGAGGCAUAUAUGGAAAGAGAGAGAGAGCAUAUUUUGGACCUUAGACAUUUAGACACCUCUCCCUCCCCGGAAAAGAAGAGGUGUGAGUAAACAUCUCUGAAUAACUAUUCUCUCUGGUGUCAUUGUCAACCAGGACACAGCAUAGUGUAUAAAACUCUACAUGAUGGCUGACCACAGAGGACGUAAAGAUUUUAUCUACACUGUAGUAAACUAAACUAAUAUAAACUAAAUAUACAAGCUAAUCUACACUGUUGUAAACUAAACUAAUAUAAACUAAAUAUACAAGCUAAUCUACACUGUUGUAAACUAAACUAAUGUAAACUAAAUACACAAACUAAUCUACACUGUGAUAAACAAACAUGGUUCUCAGAAAAUAUGUCUGUGGUCACAUGGUGGUGGUUACUGUCAUACUAUUGGUUAGACAGUUUCCCCUUUAAUGAGGUUGACUGUUAAAACUGUCUCUGACAUUAGACUGAGUCACACAGAGACUCCAGCUGUGCAGCGAACAGACACAAACCUACAACUGAGAUAACAGCAGACUUUACAACAGUAGAAGAUACAACAGUAGAAGAUACAACAGUAGAAGAUACAACAGUAGAAGAUACAACAGUAGAAGUUACAACAGUAGAAGAUACAACAGUAGAAGAUACAACAGUAGAAGAUACAACAGUAGAAGAUACAACAGUAGAAGAUACAACAGUAGAAGAUACAACAGCAGAAGAUACAACAGUAGAAGAUACAACAGUAGAAGUUACAACAGUAGAAGAUACAACAGUAGAAGAUACAAUAGUAGAAGAUACAACAGUAGAAGAUACAACAGCAGAAGAUACAACAGUAGAAGUUACUUCAUUUGAGCUGUGUAAAGAUGUCAGAGGAAACCUAUAAAAACAGAGAUGGAUUGAAAGGGAAAAAAACAAAUGAGACCAUGAAUAUUGAUGAUCAUAUACCGAUCAACGAAAGACCCAUCAUGCCCUGCAAGAAGGAUGGAGCUGGUGAUCAACAUUCAGUGUCUUGUCAGUGGUGGAAGAGAUACUCUGGAGCUGCUGCAGUGUGUCUGGGGCUGCUGUGUGUUCUCCUACUGGCUGGGAUCAUAGGCCUGUUUCUCUACCAGAGAAACCAAUUGACCUGUUCCAACACCCUGACUGAAGAGAGGGACCAGUUACAGACCAGCAGAAACAAUCUGACUGAAGAGAGAGACCAGCUACAGACUAGCAACAACACGCGGACCAAAGAGAGGGACCAGCUACAGACCAGCGACAACACCCUGACCAAUGAGAGAGACCAGCUACAGACCAGUUACAACACCCUGACCAAAGAGAGAGACCAGCUACAGAUCAGUUACAACACUCUGACCAAAGAGAGAGACCAGCUACAGAAAGAGACAGAACUUCUGAAACAAUCUUUAGUUGAGAAAGUGUGUCCUCGAGGAUGGAAGAAGCUUGGUAGCAGUUGUUACUACGUCUCUACUGAGAAAAAAUCCUGGGAGGAGAGCAGACAGGACUGCAGAAAUAGAGGAGCAGACCUGGUCGUCAUCAACAGCCAAGAGAAACAGACAUUAGUCAAUUGGUUAUGUGGAGUAAAGAACUAUGUCUGGAUUGGUCUGACUGACUCUGUUACUGAGGGGACCUGGAAAUGGGUGGACGGCACACCACUGACCACAAAGUAUUGGAACAGUAAAGAGCCUAAUGGUGGUCGAGCAGAGAACUGUGUGUAUUUCUACUCCUGGUCAUCAGACACAGGAGCUUGGUGGGACUAUGACUGUUCCUAUAAAUACAGAUGGAUCUGUGAGAAAUAGGAUUCAUCCUCAGUACUCUCUGAACUGCUUAAUAGGAUUAUGCUAAUUACUGUCAAUCGUAAACUAUUUUCUGCUUAUUCAAUUUACCUUGUCAAGAACAUACAAUAUAUAACAAGACAAAUGUAUAACACAUAAUAUAAUAAAUAAAAAUAACAGAACAUAAGCAACAACAAUACAAUGAAUUGAUAACAGAAAGACUGUUCUCUCUAUUGUUGAGGAAAUUCACCACUAAGGACAAAAAAUCUCUGGAAAUGAAUCAAUCUUUAUUAUGACAGUCAUGGAUUUAAUUUUUAUUUGAAUUA